UUGUUGUUUAUACACACACCACUGGACCCAUACGUUGAUACCGGACGCUUCUCGGGGCCCAGGUCCGGAUCUGGGCCCUCAGUAAUCAGAUCUGUGGGUGGUUCUUCCUCUUCUCCGCCGGCUGUUGCUUCUGUCUUAGUUUAACAAAAACACGGACGCUGUAAUAAAGGAUCAAAUUUGAUGCCAUCAAAUUUGUUUACGCCAUCUUGACGCACAAACUUGUCAAUUAAUAGUUUUAUACUGGACGAAUAAAGAUGGACUUUAACGUGAAGAGAUUUGCAGCAGACGCUGGUACUUUAUUCAGUCGGGCGGUGCAAUUCACAGAAGAAAAAUUCGGUCAGGCUGAGAAGACAGAACUGGACGCACAUUUGGAGACCCUCCUCACGAGAGCUGAAUGCACUAAACACUGGACAGAGAAGAUUUUAAAGCAAACAGAAGUGCUACUGCAGCCAAACCCAAAUGCCAGAAUAGAAGAACUAUUGUAUGAAAAACUCGACAAGAAGGCCCCACCACGGAUGAACAACCAUGAGCUUAUGGGUCAGUCUAUGAUCGACUCUGGGAAUGAAUUUGGGCCUGGAACAGCCUAUGGAAAUGCUCUGAUAAAGUGUGGCGAGACAGAAAAGCAGAUUGGAGGAGCGGAGCGAGAGUUCAUUCAGACCUCUGCCAUUAAUUUUCUCACGCCUUUCCGCAACUUUCUAGAAGGAGACUUCAAGACUAUAUUGAAAGAGCGCAAACUGCUUCAGAACAAACGAUUGGACCUUGAUGCGGCAAAGACCAAGCUAAAGAAAGCAAAAAUGGCUGAUGCCAGAGCUGUGCCUCUCAGAUCUACCCCUCCACCAGGAGAUGUUGGUUAUGUUGCCAACGUCUCCUUCAUGGUGAAUUUUCUCCAUGUGAAGUGGCUUAAGAUGUGGGCAGAGGAAGUGACAACGGCCGAGCAGGAUCUGAAGAUGACACAGAGUGAGUUCGACAGACAGGCGGAAAUCACCAGGCUUCUUCUGGAAGGAAUUAGCAGUACACAUGCACAUCAUCUCCGAUGUCUUAAUGACUUUGUGGAGGCUCAGAUGACAUAUUACGCCCAGUGUUACCAGUACAUGGUCGACCUCCAAAAGCAGUUGGGAAACUUUCCUUCUGCUUUCACUUCCAACAAUAACCAGUCCACGGCCAGCGGUGGAGCCGGUGUUUCUGUACCAAUCCUGCCACUAUCAACUCCUCUUCCCUCCACCACAAGCAACACGUCCUCAGGUUUCACCGAAAUGCAGAACUUCAGCGGGAGCCGUAAAGCGCGAGUGCUGUACGAUUACGAUGCCGCCGGUAGCAAUGAACUCUCUUUAUUGGCCGAUGAGGUGAUCAUGGUGAGCAGCGUUCCAGGCAUGGACUCUGAUUGGCUGAUGGGGGAACGUGGAAGUCAGAAGGGAAAAGUGCCUAUUACCUAUUUGGAGCUGUUAAAUUAAGAGGAAUUGAGAGUUGUUGGAACCAAAACGGAGAGGUAUGGUGAAAUCCAGCUGUGCUGCGUAACAUAUGCAGCGUUUGACGUCUUGUGCGGCUCAUAUGCAACAGUAUUUCAUUGGACGUGACGUCUUAAAGUCCCAGUUUGGGAAGAGGUUCUAACUCAAGGACUGUUUACAAAUGAAUUAAUGCAGAAUAUUUAAAAACAAACAAACAAACAAACAAACAAACAAACAAAAAGCCUUUGAUGUGAUUACCGCCAACAUGCCUCCAUAUUAAUAUACAAAACUACAAAAGUGACUUAUUUGAGUUUCUACAUGCGUUUACAAGAGUAAAGUAUUAAGACUGAUUGCCAUUUUAAUGGAUUUUAAAAGUGGCUUUCUUGUACAUGAACUCAUUUCAGCAUUUCUAGUACGUUUUAUAAGAUUUCAUGUAGAGGUCAAAAUAUGCCAUAAUUUAUUUUCAGGGUUAUUCUGCUUGGGUGUAGCUGACAUUUGUUAUUAUCUGAUGCAGUUUACAUUUUUCUUUAUUGCAUUUGAGCACACAGAAAAUGCUUUAUUUGCACGCAGAUGGCCUUUUUUGUUAUGCAUUAUGAAACCGUGUCCUUUAUAUUUGCAGUGUUAAAAAAAGCACAUGAUCCAGUUAUUCAUUUCAUAAUAAAAGCAGCAUCUCUUUACUGAUAAUUGUACUUUUUUUAUAUACCCAUGUGCCUUACAAUCGUCUUAAGAUUGAUGUUUUUAGAUUUGUUUAAAGCAAAAAAAAAAAAAAGCCUUGUUGAGCAGUUGAUGACUGCUAAUUUGACACAUUGUGCCUCCUAUUUAAUAUUAAGCACAAUUUCUUAGUCUACUCUGAUGUUGUAUUAUAACUAAAAAAGGUUCUCUAACUGCAUACAUUCUGUGAUUAAUACCAUAGAUUUACAAACCAUGUUUUCAUUACUGAAUAAACCAAUUGUGUAGACUUUUUA